CAAUGAUGAUUGCCUGAAGCUCUAGGUUCUACAGGAUAUGUAAUCUAGUGAGUUCAACCAGGAUCUGAACCUGGAAUCUUUCAAUGAUUUGAACAAUGGGUAUCAGAGCCUUGUUAUUAGCAGCUACACUGCUCUCUAAAUACACAAGCGGACUGAAAUGUUACGGAUGCAAUGAAUCUGAGAAUAAGACUUGUCCUGGCUGGGACAGGUCCGCUGUGGACACUGUCGAGGACCUUGGAGACGUGGUUGGGUUCUACACGCAGUGUGUGAGCGUGGUUCUAGGAGAUGGAAGGAUUGUACGCCAAGGAGCGUAUCCAGGAGAAACCCAUUGUGAUCCUACAUUCAAGGAUGCAUGGGCACAGCUACUCAAUGCACAGUGGAACCAGGAUGUCCGAAUUGAUUGCUGUGGGACGGAUCACUGCAAUGGACUCUCCCUGAAGAGCGGAGGGGAAAGAGUUCUUCAGUUCAGUCUUCCAUUUCUCCUUGUUCUAGUACUCAUCAAUUCAAAUAUUUUCUUCAGCUAAAAUAUUAAAUAGACAUUUUUACUGGUUCCCAAUUCAAGUCCUAAUCCUAGCUAAAAUAACUUUUAAAUAUCACCAAUCCCAAUAUAUUGUAAUUGCAUUUUAUUUAUGCUCAGUCUAUUGUGAAUAAAGUUUGUUCGACUUAUGAGCAUCA